CAGCAUUGAAAAGCUCACCCAUGCCGGUGCUCAAUCGACGUAGUGCAAGAAUCCAUCCAGGUCCAAGGAAGUCCAGAAAUACAUUCAAGCAUGGCUAGCGAAUUUUGGCAAAAAUCAUUUGCUGGCCUCGAGUCAACGCCAUACCCAACCCUCCCUGCCGGUGACUAUCAGCCUGUGCUACAGCGAUGCAUGGAACAUGAUCUCAGCGAUAGUGUUAGCCGCGAUGCUGAGCCUUGGGAAUUAAACACCCAGCUUCACGCCUCAUGGGCGGUGGUUCUCGCUCUAUACGCCAAUACCACCGAUGUUGUAUUUGGCACAUCGGCGUACUAUUUGGACCACAGCUCUCCCGGGACCGACGAUGUCCCUCCACUGCAGACCAUAUGUGGUAGUUUGUUUCCGCUGAGAGUAUCAGUCCAGUGGGACAACGAAAUUGGGCCGUGGAUGCGAGAAAUUCGGGAUCAAACAACCGCUGCAAAGGAAUUUCUCCCCUGGGGCGGGCUUGACAAGAUCCGAUCCUGCAGUCCCGCUGCAUUCGAAGCCUGCGACUUCCGCACACUUCUCUUGGUGCGAGAUUCGGAAUCACAAAUACACAAGAGAACCAACCACUUGCCCAUUGAGGGACUCAUUCAGGGGACGCAGGUGGCCCUCAUCCUCGAGCUUUUCCGAUCACGAGACCCACAUUUCUCCCUGUCACUGCGGGCUUAUUUUGAUGACGGGGUUCUGGAUGCGCCCCAAGUCCAGCGAAUCCUCUUUCAGCUCACACAUAUUCUCAGUCAACUCGGUGACAACACCUGGACACAACAUGAUAAAUGCAUUGGUGAUCUGGACAGGCUUUGUGAGGAAGACAAAAACUUGAUUUGGAAGUGGAACGCUGCGGUGCCCAGGGAAAAUACAGCCGGUGUCACCGACCUGUUUACGCAACAGGUGAAGAGACGAACAAGCCAUCCCGCAGUGCAUGCAUGGGACGGGAUCCUCAGUUACGCGCAGCUGGAUGAAAAGUCCACGCAGCUGGCGCUGUGGUUGCUGGAAGCUGGUAUCGCUGGUUCAAGCGGCAUUGUCCCGGUGUGCUUCGAUAAGACUAUCUGGACUACAAUCACCAUCCUCGCCAUUGCGAAAGCUGGGAGCAUCUUCAUCCUGCUAGAUCCACAUCAACCUCGUGGUCGACUGAGGGCUAUCAUGGGUCAAAUCCAAUCUCCUACCAUCCUAGCAAGGCAUGAUACGGCAAAGCUGGCACAGACCCUAGCUCCGAACAUCGUCGUCGUCGAUGAUUACCUACUGCUGUCGGGUGACCAGAUCAAAUUGAACGGAAAAUCAUCGAUCCCCGUGCCAAUCUCCCCCGCUGACCACCUUUACAUUGUAUUUACAUCGGGAAGCACCGGGACCCCGAAGGGAGUCACAAUUUCCCAUGCCAACCUAUGCUCUGCAGUUGGGCAUCAGGCCAGAGCAUUAGGCUUCGACACCGGUGUCCGAACCUUUGAUUCCUCAUCUUACAGCUUCGAUGCGUAUGUCUGUAACACAUUCCACACCCUGCUCACAGGGGGCUGCUUGUGUGUCCCAUCGGAGACAGCUCGCAUUAACAGUUUACAGUCGGUCUUGCAAGAGAUGCAGGUUGAGUUUGCACAGCUGACCCCCUCUACAUCCCGGCUGUUGGAUCCCAAGAAUCUUCCUCGCUUGCGGACCCUUAUAUUAACGGGUGAAAAGAUCAACCGCACCGUCAUCGAACCAUGGCUGGCAACCGCCGGGCGGGUGCGCGUUAUCAACGCUUAUGGCCCCUCUGAGUGCACUAUCAUGUGCGCAGCCAACCUGAAUGUGGCCUCAGUGAAGGAAGCAGACAGUAUUGGUUUUGGUUUAGGAGCCAAUCUCUGGGUUGCUGACCUUCAUGACAUCACCCGCCUGGCCCCCGUCGGGGCCAUCGGUGAACUCCUCAUCGACGGCCCCAUCAUUGGGCAGGGAUAUCUCAACGAUGCUAAUAAAACGCGAGAGUCCCUGGUUCAUGUUCCCGGGGGAUAUUUACCCGGGGUGGCCGUGGUGCCCACCAACAAGAUCUUCCGUACACGGGACCUCGUGAGGUAUAAUUCAGAUGGUUCGCUCUCGUUCAUCGGUCGGGCGGACACCCAGAUUAAGAUCAAUGGUCAACGCAUCGAGAUUGGCGAAGUGGAGUACCACUUAGGUCAAUGCUUACCCGACGGGGUCCAGUCCGUUGUGGAAGUCGUGCAGUGGCCGUCCGGUCAGAAGCAGCUUUUGGCCUUCAUCCAUCAUCUGCCAAAUCAACCAUCGCCCCAGAAAGCGCCGUCUCGGGUAGACUCUGUCACUGACUCGUCCCUAGCCAAGCUGAUUCCAGCACUAGAUGAUCAGCUGUCCGAGCGUUUACCGCGGUCCAUGAUACCUUCCGCCUACUUCCCAUUACAGACGAUUCCAAUGACUUCAUCUGGGAAGACGGACCGAAGAAAGUUAAGGCUAUUGGCCCAGGAGAUGCCUCACAGGCUGCUUGAUAGGCACAUGGUAUCUCGCGACGGUAAGGCGUCCCCUCGGGAUGAUGAGAAGCGACCCAUGACCGCAGACGAAAUGGCAUUGCAGCGUUUGUGGAUACAGGCCCUAAAUAUACAUAAUAUAUCCCUACCCUUGUCUGCAAAUUUCUUUUCGCUUGGGGGGGACUCACUUGCGGCCAUGCGUCUUGUAUCCUUGAUUAAUCGCGAGGGAUAUGACGGAAUAACUGUUGGCGACGUCUUCCAACACCCACGACUAUCUGAACAAGCACUGCUACUGCAGCGGCGCGGCACAAUUUCCGUUAACUCAAACGAGCAUCCUUUUGAGCCGUUCACGUUACUGUUGGGUCCCAAUCCUGACCCUGAUAAGCUUGCGUCUCUUCUCGGUCAUAUUUCGCAGAUGUGUCGUUGCCAUGUGCGGGACAUUGAGGAUGUCUACCCUUGUGCGCCCAUCCAGGAAGAGAUGAUAGUACUGGCGGCCCGGCGUCCCCAACAGUUUGUCACACAGGCUGUGGUUCCCAUGCCCUUGAAUGUUGACAUGAAUCGCUUCAGGGAAGCGUGGGAGAAUGUUCUUGCGUCCACUCCAAUAAUUCGGACCCGAAUUGUGGACUUGAUGUCCAUGGGAAUCCAGCAAACGUUCGCCCAGGUCGUGCUCAAGGGGCCGGGGUUUGUUGUACCUUGGUCCCGAUACAGUAAUCUGCAAGAGUGCCUUCGAUGUGAGCGAGGCUCGGGAAUGGCGCUCGGGGAACCUCUCUUUCGCGUUGGGGUAGUUGAUAUCUGCGAUGGGAUCGACCGCCCUCUGUCCCAGAUUCAGCUGGUCAUGACAAUGCACCAUGCUCUUUACGAUGGCUGGUUUCUGGACCUUUUGAGUGAUUGUCUGACGCGCGAAUAUUCGGCCACCACAGAGCCUGUAGUACAGGAAGCUUUGGUUCCAUACCAGCGGUUUAUCCAGCACUUAUUCGGCCCCGACUCUAAUACACGUGCAGCCUCGGAGUUCUGGACACGCUACCUGAAGGGCGUGGAGGUGCAUCAGUACCCCGCUGCCAGUAAUGCAAUCUACAGCCCGGAUGCAACUGGGGCAGAGAUGAUUCCCGUCUCAGGGAUUAAUUGGGCUCAGACAAAUGGAAUCACCGCCAGCACUAUCAUACAAACCGCUUGGGGAGUAGUCUUAUCCAAGCAAUCUGGUAGCUGUGAUAUUGUGUUUGGUACCACGCUAUUAGGAAGACAGAUAUCUAUGCCCAACAUCGACCGUGUCGCCGGUCCGACAAUCGCAACAGUACCGGUUCGCAUUGUGGUUGACUGGGAGGGGCAAACGCCACUAGACUUGUUACAGGCCACCCAGGCACAAACAGCUGAGAUGAUUCCAUUCAUGCAUUUCGGGAUACGCCGCAUUCGUCAGUUGAGCUACGAUGCACGCCGGGCCUGCCAAUUUCGAACGUUUGUCGUGGUACAGCCGUCCACUCUUUCAAGGGCACCAUCCAAAUUGGCAGCCUGCAUUGAGAAGCCAUUUGAUCUGGGGACGGGCCAGGAUGACAUUCACGCAUUCAACACAUAUAUCAUCAUGAUAGAUUGUCAACUGACCCAAGAUGGCGUUAAUAUACGUGCUAGCUUCGACGAAUCUGUUCUUCAGCGCCACCAGGUUCAAUGCAUGUUGGGGGACAUGGAACGCAUAAUACAUCUGCUUACUACAACGACUGGAACCUCGUCCCGUCUGUCACAUAUGGGGAUACUUGCGGCUGAGGAGCUAAACGAGAUCAUAAACUAUCGACAAACACAUCGAAAAGCUCAUUUUGUUGAGGUGGCUUCGCACCUCAAGGAAUAUCUAUCGGCGGCCGUAGUGGACGUCGUGGUGGAUGUUAUGGAGAUUCCGGGUAUGUCUCCAGAGCUAGUUGCCUUCCUUUACCCAGCGGAAGGUAACGCAAAUCUUUCACAAUUGUCGCAGAUCUUGUCGGAGGUGAUGGAACAUCUAGUGGCCACCGUUCCUUUACAUAUGCUGCCGACGAAGUUCCUCCCACUUCUCAGUUUCCCGGUCAAUGGGUCAGGUGAGACUGACCAUGAAAUGCUACGACAAAUUGCGUUAGAGACACCACCAGAUCGCUUUCUUGAUCGUGAUUUAUUACGGGUGACCAAUCAGGACCACGACUAUUCUCCAUUGACGGAACCAGAGCUCUUGUUACAACGGCUGUGGGCGACGCUACUAGGACUUAGCGCCUCUUCAAUCAGCAAGGCGUCUUCCUUCCUAUCGCUCGGCGGAGACUCGCUGACAGCUAUGAGGCUGGUCACACUAAUCAGAGAAAAGGGCUACUCACUGACGGUGGCUGAAAUUCUACGGAACCCUUGCCUGAGAGAUAUGGCAGCGAGGGCAAUCCCAGAACCGCUAUCUACGCAAUCUUGCUUGCCUUCGGCCCCGGAACCGUUCUCUAUGCUCGAAAUGUACAUUGAUCGAAAGAUCUUGGCGGAGGCCUGUCAUCUCCAGCCGUGGGAGAUUGAAGACGCAUAUCCCUGCUCUCCAUUGCAGGAAGCCAUGAUGGCUCGUACCGUCCGACGACCCAAAGAUUUUGUAUCUCGGGGUUUGCACAAUCUCCCCUAUGAUGUGGACAUUGACCGCCUUAAAUGGGCGUGGGAGCAAGUGGUUGCCGCUACCCCUAUCCUUCGGUCCCGAUUUAUUGAAACAGCUGGACAUGGUCUGAUUCAGGUAGUUACGACUGCUGAAAUGCCCUGGGUCGUAUAUAACAGUCUUACCGAGAUACCGGAGCCCUCCCUCAAGCUUGGUGGGUCCCUGUUCGAGUUGGCCGCUAUUAGAGGCCGGUCUGCAUUGGGAUCCGCCGGUUUGGGAGCUCCUGCUCUAUUGAUGACAAUCCACCAUGCUCUCUACGAUCGAUGGUCCGCAUCAUUGAUCAUGGAUAUGGUUGAAGCAGCCUAUCGAGGGAACGCACCAACGACGGAGCUUGUUCCAUACAAUCGAUUCAUCAACUAUCUUGUCCAAGAAGUCGACGACGGACGCUGUCGGGAAUUCUGGACGACAUAUCUCGCGGACUGCAGUGCGCCUCAAUUUCCUAUCCUUCCCACCUCCAAGUACGAACCAACGGUUAAUCAAGUUCAAAAGCGAAUUAUCAAAGGGGCCGCUUGGCCCAAUGGUUUUACACCGGCAACAAGUUUGAAAGCAGCCUGGGCACUUAUGGUUGCCCAGUACUCCAAUUGCCCUGACGUUGUCUUUGGGCUUACGGUCAUGGGCCGGCAGGCACCGCUGUCCGGGAUAGAGCAGAUCGCUGGGCCGACCCUUGCUACGGUACCUAUCCGUAUAGUAAUUGACUGGACUUCAACAACAGUACAAGACCUGUUGAGUAAUAUCCAAUCGAUGGCCACGGAGAUGAUUCCAUUUGAGCACUAUGGCCUCGGUCGUCUACAAGGUCUCAAUGCGGCCGCUCAGCAAGCAUGUCGCUUCCAGUCACUCCUGGUUAUUCAGCCAGGCGAGAAUGGUGAUCCGGAAGGGGGAAUUCUCGGCGGGUUACAGGUAGACGACGAAGAUGUCGAAGCUGAUACUUAUGCACUUGUACUGGAGUGUGUCCUACAUAACCAAUCCUCAGACGAACUCACAGUGAAACUCAAUUAUGACGACAGGGUGCUAGACGAGCUGCAGUCGGAGCGGAUUUUGGCUCAGCUUGAGCACGUACUCAACCUGAUGUCCGCAUUGACUGAUACUAAAAGCGACGUGAGGCUCGAGAAUGUGGACUUAUUAUCCCAGCAUGAUCACCACGAACUCUGGUCAUGGAACAAAGACGUCCCACACCGCGUGGAAGGGCGAGUUGACAACCAUAUUGCCAAGCGCGUGGCUGCGAAUCCAGAUGCCCCGGCAAUAUGCGCAUGGGAUGGUGAGUUUUGCUAUGGCGAGCUUCUCAGCAUGGCGCGCCAGGUAGCGUAUUGGCUGGUGAUCGAGCACGGGGUCGGUCCAGAGGUUGCUGUUCCCAUUUGCUGUCCGAAAAGCCGCUGGACUCCUCUGGUAAUGCUUGCAAUAAUAAUAGCCGGAGGAGUUGUUGUGAUGAUGGACCCGUUUCAGCCGGCUGAACGGCUACGCUCCGUGACAAGCCAAGUCAACCCACGUCUAAUUAUAGCAGCCACUGCGACAAAAGCCAUUGCCCAGAAGCUUGGUACCAUGCCAGUGUAUGUUGUCGACGAGGCAUUCUUGAACAACCUGCCUCCGCUAAACUCCGAUGAUAACAACCACUGGAUACCAAGUGUGUCAGGCGAUAAUGCCCUAUAUGUGACAUUCACGUCUGGUAGUACUGGGACGCCCAAGGGAGCCGUAAUCACACACGCCAACGCCUGCAGCGCGGUGGCUUAUCAAAUGUCACACUUCGGAUAUCAGGAAUCUACUCGUGUUCUCGACCUAUCGUCAUAUGGCUUUGAUGUUGUCUGGCAACAGUUCCUCCAUACCCUCGUUGGAGGCGGCUGUCUGUGCAUUCCCUCUGAGGAGCAACGCCUAAAUGACAUCCCCUCCGCUAUCACUGACCUACGUAUCAACUAUCUAGAUAGCACACCCUCAUUGGCUCGAACGUUGGACCCGAGCUCCUUUCCAAACAUCAGAAGGGUUGUGCUUGGGGGUGAGCCAGUGAGAAUAGAUGACGUCACGAGGUGGGGCGCUGAGGUCGAAGUCAUCAACUCAUAUGGUCCAUCUGAGUGCACUAUCUCUAGUACCAUUGCUCUCUACGGAAGGGACUUCGAUACAAGCGUCAAUCUGGGGCGACCGUACGGGUUGAAUGGCUGGAUUGCCAGCUGCUUGCAGCCAACUAAGCUAGCUCCAAUAGGAGCCGUCGGCGAGUUGGUACUUGAGGGCCCUCUGGUUGGAAGAGGAUACUUACACAAUCCGGAGAAGACCGCAACCGUGUUUAUCUCGAACCCAACCUGGCUACUUCAAGGCGAUGUGAAUAGAGGCAUUCCGGGAAGACGCGGUAGAUUGUACCGGACAGGCGACCUAGUGAAAUACGAUAGUCAAGGAAGACUGCAGUUCGUUGGACGAUUGGAUACGCAAGUCAAAAUCCGCGGCCAGCGUGUGGAGCUGGAAGAGAUUGAAUACCAUGUCUCCCGGUUGCUCCAUCCCUUACCGUGCAAUGCUGUUGUAGAAGUCAUCGAGGUGUCCACAGUGGGACAGCCGCAUCAAAAGUCACAGAGACUCACGGUGUUCCUUUCACUCAGUAAGCGGACACCUGCCGUUGGAGGUGCUUUGAAUGAGAUGGCGACGGCGUCACUGCCUAGUUCUUACGAGCUAGCCCGUGGACUUGCAAAAUCCCUCCCAUCGUACCUGGUCCCUGCUGCUUUCAUCGUAAUAGAGCAGAUCCCCAUGUCUUCAUCAGGCAAAGCUGACCGCCGACGGUUGCGCGAGCUGGGGAGGCAAUACUACAUGGAGCAGUCGCAGGGCGACAAUCACGUGAUAGACCCUGUCAAUGAGGCGGAGAGUUUCAUGAGGGGGCUGUGGGCGGACGUUUUGGGCAUCCCGGCCGAUAGGAUCGGACGCCAGGACAGCUUCCUCGAUCUCGGAGGUGACUCCUUAACUGCUAUUCGCCUCGUGGGGGCUGCCCGCAAACAUAACCUGCCCCUGUCGGUGUCAAUUGUCUUUCAAUAUUCGCAGUUGGACCGUAUGGUAAGCAUACUAUCCAGGGCCGCUAAGAACGAGCCACCCAAUGAACACCCGGAUUGCAAGGAAAAUUCCUCGAGCCAUACACGUGUUGAAUGGCUGCCAGACGCAACUCAAGUCGCUCAAUCCCUCUCCCUUCCUCAGAGUGCAAUAUCCGAUAUACUUCCAGUCACGGAGUUUCAGCGCUAUGCCAUUUCAUGCGCCUUUGCAACGCCCCGAACGGAGUGGAACUAUUUCGCCAUACCCUUCCAGCAUCCCGUGGACAUUGCCAGAUUGAGGGAGGCAUGUCGGCAGCUGGUCCUUUCUCUGGAUAUCUUACGCUCUGUAUUCAUGUCACACGGUCUAGAGGGUCAUUAUGUCCAGGUCAUCCUCCGCACUUCGGACCCCCGGGUCCAUGUUAUCAAUGUGUCUGGAGAACCGCUGAAGGAGACAUGCGAUAGGAUUUGCCUGAAAGAUCUCAGUCAGCCAAUAUCACCGGGGUCUCCCUUCGUGGGCUUUUACAUCCUGCACCAAGAGAACACUGGAGUUGCCCAUCUGAUAAUCAGUAUAUCACAUGCCCUCUAUGAUGGGCUCAGUCUUGCGCUUAUGAUGGAUCAGCUUGCAGCACUCUACGAUUGCCGUCCUCCUGCGCCAAAAAUUCAGUUUUCAUCGUUCAUCGAGCAUUCUCUUUGCUCACAAGGACGCUUUGAUGCAUCUUGUGCGCAUUGGCAAGCUCUUCUGCAAGAUGCGCCUGUUCCAACUCAGGUCAUCGAGGGCUGCAAUUUGGAAAUCCGACCUGGCAGGCGCUCCCAAUUUUCACGAGAGGUUGUCUUCUCCCGUUCCCUAAAGGGUAUCACGGUAGCAACCGUUUUUGCAGCGGCCUGGGGUGUUGCCAUGGCCCGGGCACUUCAGAAGGAGGACAUCGUUUUUGGCCGUGCUGUCUCUGGUCGAUCAUCAGAUCAUGGCCUGGUCGUCGGGCCCUGUUUGAAUCUGGUACCGGUUCGCAUGCAAUUUGCGACUAACUUUGCUUCUAUGACACGCGCGACAUUGGACCCAUUGCCCAUUAUUCAGUCUUUGCAGUCGCAAUUCGUGAGUUGCAUUCCCCAUGAGACUAUCGGACUCUUUGACAUCGUACAACAAUGUACUUCCUGGCCUGACAGUGGAGCGUCAUUUGGCUCUGUAUUCUACUUCCAGAAUAUAGAAGAUACGCCGCAUUUUCACAUCGCUGACCAAGAGGUCCCCUUCGUCCCUCUUCGCCUCGAUCGGCAAGACCCGCCGGAGCCCCCACGCUUGGAUGUCCACCCUCAUGGAAAUGGGAAGUAUACAUUGCAGCUAUCGGUACAUGAACGCGCCGUGGGAAGUGAAGGUAUAUGGUCCACUAUCCUUGAUCAAAUGGAAUGGUUUCUGGGAAGCAUUCCAACAGAGCCCCACACACCGGCCAGUGAGAAGCCGUUAGGCAUUGCCAAGUGAAGCGAAAUCGGCUGUCCAGCGCAUAUACGAAAUCUCAUUCCACCUUGGAAGACGGGGUGUUGAACUAGAGCUCCAUGAGAGCCUUUAGCAUAUGCUCAACAGGAAAUGAAGGAACGGCGUGCUUAGCACGCUACCAACGUGACAAUGAAGUCUUUUCAAGUCAUGGUACAUAUAUACCCUGAGUAUUCAUUGGUCAGUGAUAAAUGACUGUGGUGGUGAAGUAAGCCUAAAUGAUUGCUCCAACUACGCAGAGAUAAGCAGGGACAAUGGUGGCUAC